GAUUUUUUCAGCUCCGCUUUGGAUUCAAAAUCGAGCAACUCUUGGGCCAGUCCCGCUUCCUCUUCCUCUACCUGGCGAGUGGCACCUUUGGGAACCUCCUGUCCGCCGCACUGGACCCCGGGAAGGUGGCCGUGGGCGCUUCGACCAGCGCCUCGGCGGUGGACAGGGACUGA